AUGCCAGGUUUCAUCUACUCCCAAUUGUUUGUCCGCCCGCCCUACCCCGAGCAGACCUUCGCCGAUCAGACGGUGCUCGUCACUGGGGCCAAUGUCGGCCUCGGACUCGAAGCGGCCCGCCAUGUCGUUCGUCUGGGUGCUGCCCGCGUCAUUCUGGCAGUGCGCAAUGUGCCUGCCGGCGAAGAAGCCAAGAAGGAGAUCGAGACAUCGACCGGUCGGCCCGGCGUCUGUGAGGUGUGGGAAGUCGAUCUGGCCUCCCACAAGUCGGUCCUGGCAUUUGGCGAUCGCAUUACCCAGCUGGCCCGACUUGAUGCGGCCAUUAUGAACGCCGCGGUCGCGACCUCCAACUUCGAGCUGGCCGAGGGUUUCGAGCGCACCAUUACCGUGAAUGUCGUCAACACUUUGCUGCUCUCGCUGUUUGUCCUCCCGGUCCUGAAGGCCACCGGCAAGAAAAUUCCCGGGAGCCAGCCACGCCUCUCGUUCGUGGUCAGCGAAGUCCAUGCCUGGGUCGGUCUCCCCGAAUGGAAGGCCGACCACAUCCUCCAGACCCUCUCCGAUCAGUCAACAGCGAAGAUGCGCGAUCGCUAUCCGCUCUCCAAACUUCUCGAAGUUCUGUUGGUCCAGGAGUUAGCCGGUCGCGUACGCGGGUCAGAGGUGAUCGUCAACAUGAUCAAUCCUGGCCUCUGCCAUUCGGCCCUGGCGCGCGAGGGUGGCUGGUCGUUCUAUUUGUUUAAGCUGGUCCUAGCCCGGUCCACCGAGGUUGGAUCGCGUACUCUGGUGGCAGGAAUCACCAGCGGACUCGAAAGCCACGGCGCGUAUAUGACCGACGGGCACGUUGAGAACACGGCCCUGUCGCCGUUUGUGCGCAGCGACGAAGGCCGACGGGCCCGCAUCAAGCUGUGGGACGAAGUCUCGACCAUCUUGGAGGGCGUGCGGUCAGGCAUCAUGCAGAACAUGUAG